CUUUAAUUUUCGUGAUUUUUUAGCACAUUCUGGCACGAAUCUCCUCACACACAUAACAAAAGGCAGGAGAAAAAUUGUAAAUUAAUACGGAUAUCCCGGACAUUUUCCUGUCAAUCGAGAGCAAAAAACGCUGCGGAAUAGCCAAUUAAAUAGUAUAUAUAUAGGAUCAGAUCUAAGGAAUCCCCAGGACUUCGACAUGGUGACCCCCCAAUCGCCGACGCCCAUGUUCAAUGGAUUGGACGAUGAUCUCUAUAACGAAGCCAAAUUCGCACACGAAAUCAACGACAAAAUGCGGGUUCCCAAGAGAAUUAAGGCCACUGGUGAAUUUUCCGAUGAGGAUCUUCUACUGUCCAACCAGAACGGAAUGAUCAGCUCCUGGAACUAUCACGACAAGAUUGAUAUGAAUGUGCCUGACAGGAUUGUGGUCUUGGGACACAAUCAGCAUCUGGAGACCAGGUCUGCGCCUAGGGAAAUCCAGCUGGAGAACUCCAUUCUGCCCAAAAACCCCUCGAUUGGCUUGGUGAGGGUCCAGACCCCUCCUCGCGUCAUCACCCUCACCGAUCACCAUUUUCCCUCGGCCUCCGAGGAGAGUUCGCCCAUUCGGGCCAAUGGUCAUCACCUUUACGGCCAUGAUCUCGACGAGGACGCUGACGACGAGGAGGGUCAUGCGGCCACUCAGUAUGUACGGGCCAAUGGAGUCGCCCGAAUGGGAUUCCACGGCAAUGAUACCCACUCCGUGGAAUCCGACUCCCAGUUAACCACGGGCAGUGCCAGCAAGCGAUCGCAGUUGAACCAGCAGCACAACAAUCUGGAUGCCUCGAUGUUGGCGCAUCGCGAGGGCACACCCAUGGGUGAACUGACGCCCCACGAGGAGAUUCUGUAUCUGAGACGCCAGCUGGCCAAGUUGAAUCGCCGGGUGCUGAACAUCGAGAUAAACAAUGAGCAGCGCACGCAGCGCGAGAAGAUCGUCUACUGUCUUGGCCUGGCCUACUUCGUCCUCAAGACAAUAUUCUGGCUGAAUCGCAAUUAAGAUGGACGGGCAGGCGAGCUGUCGGAUGGUUGAGAAGAUCUUCGGUGGGUGCUAGGACAACCACUUCGCUAUGGACACCCUUUUGGAACAGCUUCUUUCGUUUCUUGACUUCUAUGUUUCUUUUGUGGAAAGGCUCUGAGAGAGACUUUGUUUUUUGUUUGCCAUAACUAACUUCGUAGUCUAAGCUCGAUAAUAAAUAAGCGCAACACCGUUCUGUUUUGUA